UUUGUAGACAAGGCAUCAGGGAUCUUCAUUCUUGCCCGAUCUAAAGCAGAGAUUGCUUCUGCCCCAAAAUGAGGCAGCACAAGCUGGGACCCGGUACAAUGUGCCCUUGAUGAACUCCCGUGUCCUUUAUGUGGGAAUGCAGACCAUCCAGCAAUUACAAACAAAAAGCUCGCCUCCACUUGCACAGCAGAUGGCCCACAAUGGUCCGCUGGAGUUGUAUUUGAUGGGUUCUGCCAUGGACAUCUUCCAGACUCUGAUUGCGGAGCUUGAUACAGAAGGGCGUUACCUCUUCCUUAAUGCCAUUGCAAAUCAGCUGCGCUAUCCCAACAACCACACACAUUUUUUCUCCUUUGUUCUUCUCUACUUGUUUGUGGAGGCAAGCCAGGAAAUCAUCCAGGAGCAAAUUACAAGAGUUUUGCUGGAACGCCUGAUUGUAAAUAGACCCCACCCAUGGGGCCUUCUCAUCACUUUUAUCGAGCUCAUCAAGAAUUCAAGAUACAACUUUUGGAGCCGAACUUUCACAAGGUGUGCGCCGGAGAUUGAGAAACUGUUUGAAUCGGUUUCUCGAUCUUGCGGUGGACCCAAACCUGUAGAUGAUUCCAUGGUCUCCGACAACAUGCACUGACUGUUUGUCAUUUGUAAAUAACUAGCGUAAUUUUAUUACUGAUAAUGUCCAUAGAUAGAUGUAAUUAUGGUUUCUAUCUUGUGCUGUUUCUGUAUCUUGUGAUGUUUAUGUACUUUUUUAUGGGAAACAUCUUAGCUGACUAA